AUGGUCAGGCCUGCGCUGCAGAGGAACAGCUUACCGGAGCCACCUGAUGGAGAUAACGAAGGACUGAGCGAGCCAGAGGGUGCGAUGGAUGAGCUCGAGGCGCCCGAGCUGGCGUUGGCGUCAACGAUGCCUGAUCUGCCUGGACAGCCCUCACAUCCACCCAAAAGCUUCGCCGAAGCUGCUGCCGAAGAGCUUGAAGAUGCGGACAGCUCAGAAUACCGCGGAGCAACAAGUCAUCCCAUGCUGCCCUCUUGGUCCUACCCUAGCAAGCCUCACGUACCGAACCCACUCGUGCCAGAUGAAGAGCUCCCGAAAGUUGCCUCGCCGCUCAAGUCUGCAUCAGCUCACACUGUCGACUUACCUCCGAUUGAUCAGCUGGACGAGUCGGAUGGGCAACCCAUCGCGCAACGACAUGCACCAAGCUCACCAGAGAUCAGAACGACCAUCACACUCAAUGGCAACUCGCCUUCAUACCGGUCUCUGAGCAACGGCACGCUCGCCUCCGAUGCAAAUGACCCGUCAGGUUUCGAGGAACAAGACAUCAUCGCGCUCGAGGCAGAUAUUGAGCCGAGUAUCCAGGAUGAGCAUGUUCAGAUACUCUCGCGCGAGGAUGCGCCGCGGAGGACACGCGCUCAGAUUCUCACCCGCGAUAGUAACACCGUCGAUCCUGCCCGUCAUGCGUCUGAACCUGCACGCCCCGUACUCCCCCUACAGCCGCAGAUACUCAAGAGACCGCUGAAACCACCCGUCUCGUCUGUCGAUGCCUCGCCUGACUCGCCGCAAGCGCAAGAUAGCGACCUACCUGGCCUCAACGGCGGGCAGAAUGGUGGUCUACAGCAGUCUCUGCAAACAGCCAUUGCUGCACCGCCCAAGCCCAAGGCGCCAGAAUCACCGGCGUAUGGCUACUCCUACACCGAUUCUGACCCGCUUCAGACUGAGCUCGAGGAAUGGUUCUCAUACGUAGAAAUCCCUGGCGUCGUCAAGGACGGACGUGAUAGCUGGGAGCGUGGUUGGGAGACGAGUCAUUCUGACGAGCCGUGGCUCGAAGCAACGCCUGCGUUGCGCAAACGACAUAUCCAGGACAUGCUCGAACACCUGGAACAUUCAGACCCGGAAGUGCGCUUCGAAGCUGGCAGAAGACUGGCUUACAUCGCCCAUGGCACUCCCAUCUACUCAGAAUCGUCUGAUCACCAUCUUUUGCUCAUCAUCACAAACUGUAACGUACUACGCGAGGCUGGCACACUCAAUGGCGUCUUUGAAGCGCUCAAAGGCACCGCAAAUCGAUGGCUCCUGCUGAGCACGACAAACGAACGGAAUGAUGCUUCGCCGCUUGCGCCCUCGAUGACCAGAGUAGAGCGAGCAGAAUGUCUCGAGGAGAUCAACUCGGAACUGUCCAUGUAUCUCAGCAUCCUCUACUUUAUGGGCGAGAUCUUCAAUGGUGACCUGCAAUGGGCGGAAGAGAUUAUGUCGGUUGAGCCCCCCUUACCUGUCUAUCUUUUCACACUUGUCGCCAACCUACGCGAGAGGAAUGCAAAGGGAUACCCUGUCAAGAAGCUACUGCUACUACUCUGGAAGGCUCUCCUAGCGUGUAUCGGCGGCUCGCAGGACAUUCAGCGCGUCAAGAAGCUUGUCAGAGAAAUUGAAGGCUUACACAAUCCCGACAUCAAGGCUCGGGCGCAACUAGCGACCAAAGUGGCCACAACGGAUCUCGCUCAUUUCGGAAACGAUGUCGCGAUCAAAUAUCCGAGCUACAUACCCCCUCCGCCGCCUAUGCCAAUACCCGGGCUGCCGCUCGAGCGCAUCAACCGAGCAGUGGCUCCUACGCCCAUCCGACCCACUUUCUCAUAUCAGAGUGGUCCGGAUCCGGCUAGCAAUGCCGAAGCUGGUUCGAGCAAAGCACAACAGCCGCAACCUCCCACACCGGCGCCAUCGCCUCCGCCCGCAGUCGCAAAGGGAAAGAAGCAACAAUAUCAGACGGACCAGUCUAAGCCAUUUGUCAUGCCUUUCUCGAGCGCGAACUCGCGAUACAAGGGCAAAGAGCGAAUGGUUCCCAGGAGCGUAGAGGAAGCGGCCGAUCUGUAUCUGACCAAUCUUAGGAUCAGCACAUCGCUCUGGCAGAUCUGGAAGGUCAGAGAAGAGUGUAUGGCGGAAGAGACCGGUCUUUCUCGCGUGCUACCCGAUGGAUCGACUGCGGCUAUGAAUGCGCUUACUGAUCAGGUGGCGACUCUGACGCUGGACGAAGUCGACUCGGACGACGAAGGCUCGCCUGCAAUGGAUCCAAUGACGUUCUUACGACGCUUGGAGAAGGAGACUCGGCGACAGGCGACACAAGCGCCUUCGCCGAUCAGCGCGAAGCUCGAGAAGAAAGCUCAAGAUAUCGUCAGACUACAACGGAUUGAGACGCUCUACCGCUCGACCUUGCCCAGACUACAAAGUGUCGUCAUCGUCUUGCUCAAGUUACUGCUCGCCACCGUCACGGCCAACAAUGGGCUAGGCAACUCUGGCAAUGCCGAAGACCCGCCGGCGGAGCUCACACUGGAGGAUACAGACAUUUUGCGCCAUCGUGAGAUCACGUCGAAAGCUGUCUCUGCAGUCUUGCUACUUACUUUACGCUGGUUCAAAGCUUCACACGCUCUGAAAUUCGAGUACCUCGCGCAGCUGCUCGUUGACUCAAACUGCUUCUUGCUCAUACUGAAAAUGUUCGGCCUGCAAGAGGUUGCCCAAUCUGUUGCAUCCCGUAACGAUGUCGAGGACUGCAACUUCUUCCGCUAUUGCAGCAUGUACGGCAGCGCUGCCCCGCCUGUGCCUCGACCGGAAGACAUAUUGCUCGCUCAACCCGCCAACAAAGGCACAAGUGCAGAGGCGCAAGCUCGCGGAGAAGGCCAGAUCAUCACAGAGUACUCUUCACGCAAUUUCUUCUCGGCCAUCAAUUUCGUGCAUAUUCUGCAGAAGCUCACAAAGCGCAAAGCGCACCGGACUGCUCUGCUCGUACAAUACAAGAGUUCUGCGAUACUCAAACGUAUCUUGAAAGUCUCUCAGCCAGACUUGCAGCUUUACACACUCAAGGUCAUUAAGAGCCAAGUGCCAUAUUGCGGGCGCAAGUGGCGACAGAGCAAUAUGAAGGUCAUCACGGGCAUCUACCUCCACCUGAGACCAGAUCUGCGCGAGGAGUGGCUUACGACUGUCGACCUGGAUGGCGAUAUCGAGGACUCGCUACCGCACGAGCAGGCUCUGCGCGAUCUGAUCAAAUUCUUCAAUGAGAAGCACUACAGCAUUUACGCGCCGAACUUGCACCGCCGCUCGACGUCCAGCCUUGGCGCGUCGUCGAACGGUCCCAACGAAUCAAACAAGCCACCUCAUCCGUCACCAGGCUUCAGUCAUGGCAGCAUGCGACUCUCGGACCACGACAGCUUCCCACCGACACGUCCCAUGUCGAGCAUCAGUUUAGAUGACCAUGCGAGCUCAUACUUGUCAGACUCGCUCGCAGAUCACUACCUGGAAGAUUACGAAGAGAUGCUGGGCGAUCUCUUCACACCCAAUUAUGCUGCGCCAGAUGGCGACGCGAACAUCUGGGCGGAUACUGGCAGAAUGCAAUCCGAGCACGCGUGGCAGCGUUUGUCAGCUAUACUUGGCGACUAUGAUGACAUCAGCGACUCUGAGAGUAUUGGUAGCGUCGACUACUUCGGUCUGACCGACAUCGGUGCCGAUGAGACUGCCUCGGACGAGGGUGACGAGCUGAAAGCAUGGGAGCAGCUCAGUCCCGAGACGAUCUCUGCGCUCGAAGAAGAACGCGUGCACAGUCUGAGCCCAGCAGGCUCGCCUCGCUCGCCAAGGCCACGAAGGUCGAGUCAGGAGCCACGUUCGCCUGCUCUUCGGCCUGUGCUUAGCUCGCGGUAUGACGACGACAAGGUCUUUGACAGCAGAUCAGACGACGAGAACUUGAUCGUCCCGCCUCGUUCACCUCAUACUGGACCAGCAGUUGACGAGUUUGAAGUUGUCUUUGGCCAAUGA